CGUGGCCAUGUGUAUUGUCCUUCCUGUCGGAGAGCGCUGUGGCAGGAGUAGUACUGACAGGGCGCUGAAGGUAUAUGGGAAUGGGGGGCAGUAUGAAAGGGGGAAAGGGGGGGCAGUAUAGAGGGGGGCAGUAUGAAAGGGGGGGGGCAGUAUAGAGGGGCAGUAUGAAAGGGGAGAUGGGGGGCAAUGAAAGGGAGAGGGGGGCAGUAUGAAAGGGGAGAGGGGGGCAGUAUGAAAGGGAGAGGGGGGGGGCAGUAUGAAAGGGGAGAGGGGGGGCAGUAUGAAAGGGGAGACGGGGGGCAGUAUGAAGAGGGGGGGGCAGUAUGUGAGCUCUGUCUACUGUGUGGGGUGUGAUAUGCUGGGUGAGCCAUCCCAUAGAGCUCACAGCCUGCAGGGAGGCGGCCUGGCUGACAUGGUGUCUGUAGGCAGGUAAUGGGUUUUUUCAUUAAUUUGGGGACUGAUAAAUGAGAGAAUUGCACCUUUGACUCCAAUAUUCCCUGUUUGGAGAAACCUUCUCCAACUCAUUCAGUAUGAAGCGUGGUUGUUAUGGUCUUCCCUACAAAAGUCUGGGGAAAUCCUCUAGGCACAGGGGCCAACCUCCAAAUUUGGGCUAUAUCUCCCCUGAUGCUUUGCCAGAAUUAUGGCUUUAAGAGGAUUCUGGGAGAUGUAGUCCACAACAUAUGGAGUGCCAAAGGUUGCCUAUCCCUGAUACACCUUGCUUGGUAUCUCAGGUGUUGCUGUAACUGUCCAGCAUUAACCAGGAUCUGAUGUGUAAAUGGUACAGGUACUCUCUGUAAUGACGUAAGUGAGCAAAACAUUUUUGAGACCUCAGCGGUUACUAACUGAAGAGCCUGCGAGGUUUGCUCGGUCUCAGUUUAUAUAUCCUCUGUUUUUGUAGCUUGGUUGUUAGCUCUAAAACUUGCAGUUUUCUUUAUCAUUUAAUAUUUUAGUGAAUAACCCCAUUUAAAUGCACAAAUGUAAACCCUGGUCUUGACAACUUGGUGAGCCUUCUUUAUUCAGAAUCAGUAGAUCUAUGUUACUUCUUUUAAUGUGACUCUAUCAAAUUACUUUGUAAAGAUUCCCUUUGGUGACAUCGCCACUUGGUGUGUGGUGGCACGGGGAUGUAGUUCAGGUGGGUUGUAAUUAUCUGAUGCUGUCCUCCACGGGAGCAUCCAUAAUAUCUUGUGAUGAGAGGGCUAAUGCCAUAUUCCCACAGCUGUUGCUGUUUUGUCAUAAGUUCCUACUUGGUCUUAUAAUAACUUUGAAUGCACUCGAGUUUCAAUGAAAUUUCAACACUACCUCUAUAAGCAUAUCAUAACAUUUUUAUAUGACUAAUGAUGCUUGAGCAUUUUCUGUGUGUGCAAUGCUUCAUGAUGAACCACUGAACAUACACACUCCAAGUACCAUGUCCAUUUAAAAUCUGUGACGUGGUCAUGGUGCUUUUGUGAAAAAAUGUUCUUGUAACGGUGAAGUAAAAAAAAUGGAGUUUGACGAUGUCUCUAUCAGUCAGACUGCUGUCUGUUAUUUACAUGUGUAUGUAGAACUAUAAAGUAUGUUUUGAGUUGUUAGUUUUUUUUUGUUUUUUUUUUAUUACAAAAAUAUGCGAACCUUACAUUGCUCUUCCUCUUACCUUCAUAGUGGGUGUAGCGGAACUCCCUGUACCCCUAGCUGGAACACUGGAAAACCUCAGCGCUUCUGCCCCAGUUGCCGUGGCUUCACUGGGGUCCUCCUGGAAUCUCUCCGUCCUGGAACAGUAUAGGGGACUAGCUCUAUUCCCUUCCAGGGACUGGACGACACACAGUCCUGGAAGCUCUAGUCUUUUAAAAGGACUUUUCCCGCCAAAUCCUCCACGAGUUGGAACAAGGUGCUGACCAGCGCUUCCCCUUCCACUAGACAACACAUAGUUCUGGGAGUACAACUAAGCAAAACUCUGCCUUUUAUGCACAGUCACCAGCAGGGGGUCUCCAUUGUAUUCAGCACAAGCCCCUCCCAGGACUCUCUAGGCCUGGGAGAUAAUUGCAUUAGACCAGUAAGCUAAUUAUCUCCCAGGAACAGAGAGGCAAACAUAAAAGUACCCCAAAACAUAAUAAAAGCAUAAAAUAACCCCACAGUAAUACAGCCCCAAAUACUACAAAGGACUACAGAUGCUCUCAGCGGUUCCUUUUGUAUCAGUACUAGGUAUUUAAAGAGGAAUUAUUUACACCAUGGAAAAUUACCUAUAGUUUGUGUUAAAGGGUUACAAAAUUCACCAUGGCAACUUGGCAUGAUGCAAGCGGAGAACUGCAAAUUUUCUGACAGAGUAUAGUCAUACAUGACCACUAUUCAGUACUAAUAUCAGUCUUGUGCAAAAAACAAACUACUUCAUUAUCAGCAUGCACUGUGCGCUGGCGUUUAACAUAAUUGUCUCAACUUGCAAACCAUGCCUGCAAUGCAAAGCCUUUAGGACUGCAGCUCAGAUGCACACAGUCAAAUACACUUUCUCACUCAGUGCAGCCCUCUAUCCAGCCCUCCACCCAUUCCUUCACUCAGAACACAUCUCUAGGAUUGGGAGAUGAGUGGUCUCAACCAGUAAGUUAAGCUAUCACUCUGCUCAUCUUGCUGCUCGUGAAUGCUUACCGCGCAUACAUGAGUGGUGUAGCAUUCAUUACCUAUUAUAGAGAUGCUUUGUGUUCAAUGCACCUCUAUCAGAAUUAGCUGAUAGGUGGGUCACAGAGGUUGCUGCGCAUGUGACCAAGGUUACUCAAUGCUUCUGUGUGGCAAGCAUUUGAUUGGACCUUGGACUGAGAACAGAUGAUUUUGCGUGGGAGAAAAUGUUUGCCACCUCCAUAGUGAAAUGUCAGGUUUUCAAGUAGUAAUUACAGCUACAUUUAUUAUUGCACGUUUAGUGGAAUUAUGGGUUUAUGGAUACAACAUACGUUUUAAUUCUAUUUGAGAUACUUGACAUUUUUUUGUUUGAGCACAAAUUAGAGGCGCUGCUUUUUGGGUUUUUUUUUGAAUCAAUAUGACGUGGAGGAAAAGAUUGUAUAGGUCUGCAAGGAAUAGUGAAACAUUUGACGAGAAGACUCUUUAGAGGGUUGUAAUGACGAGUAUCAAACCAUUUUGUAUCCUGGUAAUAAUUACACUGAACUUAUUCAGUUAUAGUUGAACAUUUUAAAUACUGAUCACAAUAAUAAAGUUUGAAUUAUUUUGAAACAUUUUUACUUAAAGGAACACUGUAGUGUCAAGAACACAAACGUGUUCCUGACCCGAUCGUGUUAAAAACACUAUCUGGCCCCCCUUGUCCCCAUAAAUAUAGUAACAUCUUACCUUUGUUCCAGUGUGCUGGCUCUACUGCUGAUCUGCCUCCUUGCUGACAUCAGAAGUGAUGAUUUCAGCCAAUUACAAUGCUUUCCAUAGGAAAGCAUUGGAUUGCCUGAGAUUGUCAAUUCUGAUGAUCUCAGCCACGGAAGCGUACCGGUGGGCAGAGCCAAACGCUACUCUGGCCUAUAAGCAUCUCAUUAUAGAGAUGUAUUGAAUCAAUGCUUAUCUAUAAGGAAAGUUUAGUGUCUCCAUACAGAGGGUGGAGACACUGAAUGUCAGUCACACUGUGCAGCACUACCCCCAGGAAGCACCUCUAGUAGCCAUCUGAGGAGUGGCCACUGAAGGUGUCCCUAGGCUGUAAUGUAAACACUGCCUUUUCUCUGAAAAGACUUCAAAAAGCCUGCAGGAACUGAUUAUACUCACCAGAACAACUACAUUAAAGGACCACUAUAGGCACCCAGACCACUUUGGCUCAAUGAAGUGGGCUGGGUGCCAGGUCCCACUAGUGUUAACCCUGCAGCUGUAUACAUAGCAGUUUCAGAGAAACUGCAAUGUUUACACUAGGGUUAAUUCAGCCUCUAGUGGCUGUCUCACUGAGAGCCGCCAGAGGCGCUUCUCGCUGUGAAAAUCACAGUGAGAAGACGCAUGUCGGUCUCUCCGUGUGUGUCGGUCUCUCCGUGUGUGUGUGUCGGUCUCUCCGUGUGUGUGUGUCGGUCUCUCCGUGUGUGUGUGUCGGUCUCUCCGUGUGUGUGUGUUGCAGGUCUCUGUGUGUGUGUGUGUGUCGGUCUCCCAGUGUGCCGUGUGUGCGUGUCUGCAGUGUGUGUGUCGGCGUCUCCGCGUGUGUGUGUGUGUGUGUGUCGGUCUCUCCGCGGUGUGUGUGUGUGUCGGUCUCUCUGUGUGUGUGUGUCGUCUGCGGUGUGUGUGUGUGUGUGUGUCGGUCUCCGUGUGUGUGUGUGUGUCGGUCUGCGUCUCUCUCCGCAGGUGUGUGCGGGUGUGUGUGUGUCGUGUCUGUGGUGCUCUGUGUGUGUGUGUGUCGGUCUCCGCGGUGGUGUGUCUCCUGCGGUGUGUGUGUGUGUGUGUGUGUGUGUGUGUCGGUCUCCGCAGUGGUGUGUGUGUGUCGGUUCCGUGGUGUGUGUGUGUCGGUCUGUGUGUGUGUGUCGGUUCGGUUCCCGGCCUCCGGGUGUGUGUGUCGGUCUCUCUGUGUGUGUGUCGGUCUCUGUGUGUGUGUGGUCUCUCUGUGUGUGUGUGUGUCGGUUCCUCUCUGUGUGUGUGUGUCGGUCUCUCUGUGUGUGUGUGUGUCGGUCUCUGUGUGUGUGUGUGUCGGGUCUCUGUGUGUGUGUGUGUGUCGUCUCUGUGUGUGUGUGUGUGUGUGGUUCUCUGUGUGUGUGUGUGUGUGUGUGUGGUUCUGUCUCUGUGUGUGUGUGUGUGUGUGUGUGUGUCUGCCUCUCGUGUGUGUGUGUGUGUGUCGGUCUCUGUGUGUGUGUGUGUGUGUCGGUCUCUCUGUGUGUGUGUGUGUGUCUGUGUGUCGGUCUCUCUGUGUGUGUCGGUCUCUCUGUGUGUGUCGGUCUCUCUGUGUGUGUCGGUCUCUCUGUGUGUGUCGGUCUCUCUGUGUGUGUGUGUGUGUCGGUCUCUCCUGAAUGGUUGGCCUCUGAAUUCCUUUCAGAAGAGACCGAGCAUGUGUAUAGUGUCCUGAAAAGGACAGAUUUCUCCAAGGCCCUAUUAUUUUGACAUGCUUAGUAGUUGCUCUCAAAAUGGCUUCUAUAGACAGCCACCAAUCAUCUUUAACAAUUGCAGAAACAGCACAGAUUUCAAAAAUUUAUUUAUUUAUUUUUGCCGGCUUUUGGAUCAGCAGCAAGCACAGAUGCGCUAAUGGCUGAAUGUGAUGGAGGCAUGUUCUUUGUCAUUUAAUAGAAAAAUCUCAGGCACUCACUGCGAUUGUUUCCAGGUAGAUUUAUUGCAACGUUUCAACCUGUUACGGUCUUUAUCAAGCUUGAUAAAGACCCUAACAGGUCGAAACAUUGCAAAAAAUCUGCCUGGAAACAAUCGCAGUGAGUGCCUGAGAUUUUUCUAUUUGUACAUAUUCCUUGGGGUUUUUGCUGACCCAUGCUCAGUAGCACCCUGGGCUGAAUUAUGGCUGAGUGCGACCCUACCCUUUUUCUCUUUGUCAUUUAAUAACAUGUUUGACAUAUGGUGUAAUUUGUUUGUAUAUCUACUAUAGUAGGUUCUUCUUUGCUAAACACUGAAGGGGACAAAAGUGUUUAAUAUUUCUUAUUUUGAUCCUUAUUUACUGCAUCCCUAUCUCUGAUUUCAGUCACCAAACACUUUCGUUCUUGAGUAUUUCAGAAUAUAUGUACAAAAUAAUGCAACUUUUUGGGGUUGGUUUUGCUUUCUUUUGCAGGCUCUCCUUUUCAAACCCAACUAAUUCCUCUUUUGCCAGUAUUGUUUAAAACCUUAUCUUGGUUACAAAGCCACAUGUUUUGUGUGGUGUGUUUAUUUAUAUAUUUUUUUCAAAUAAGAUUUUCUGCCUGUUAAGGAGUUGUAAAGCUACCCUUAUCUUAUUAAAAAUAAUCACUAUUCAGAGAUUACCAGAUCCAAACAUCCAUUCAAGCUAGUGAUUUUAACAAAGACAUGAAUGUGCCAUUUAAUAAGAAAAAAAACAAAAACUUUCCCCUGUCUGAACUAUUCCCUCUAUACUAGUGAAUUUAAAUUCCCAGUGAUUAAAGUCUUGGUAAUAACUGAACAAAAAAAAACUGCACAUCUGGAUAACUUUUGUUUUUUUUUGUUUGUUCCUUAACACCUUCACAUUUUCCUUUUUAUCAUGUACAAUUACCUUAAAGGGACAGUUUAGUCACCUUAAGGCACCAUGGCAACAUCAUCUAAAUGAAGUUAUGGUGCCAGGAGGCACCCGGUGCACUCUUACCUCAAGGGGUUAAACUGCUAUCAAACAGUUUGACCCCAAAGUUGCCUCCAGCGCCGAUCUCAACAUCCCCCCAGACCGCAUCCCGUUUCUGAAAUUUCACUUUCAGCAAGCACAGAGUGCAGGCAUCCGUUGACCGCUCUCGGCUAAUUAGUGACUCCCCAUUAAUAAAACUGGCUAAGUAAAGGUAUGUUUCUUUCCUAGUCAGUUCUGUAAAUGGGGGGUCACUGACUGGCAGAGUGCGGUCAGCUGAUCGCUGUCCUCCAAUCAGUGGCGGCACUCUGUUUCCUGAAAGUGAAAUUUGGAGGCAACUUUGGGGUUAAACCGUCGAGUAGUUGGCCGCCAGGAAGUGCCACUAGAGGCAGUCUUAGGCCUGCAACAUAAUUAUUGCAGCUUCUCAAAAACCCUUUCAUGUCUCAUUAGAGACUUCUAUACUUUGUCUGAUACCAGCAAAGUUUAUUGAAUGUGUAGAAGCCCUAUAAAGGGUUAAAUGUUAAAGGAUUUAUAAAAUACCCCUUCCUGUCUCACUGGAGACUCUUGGCUGAUAUCAGCAUAUCUAAUGGCUAGUGUAGGAACUCACCUAUUGAGGCUUGCCUUGACGUGGCAGGUGAGCUUAUAUAUUCAAAUGGCCAUUAGAAUUAAACUAAAGAGCCUCCAUUUUUGUUUAAAUGCACAUGGGGAUUUAGGCCAGAGCGCAGGUAACAUUUUCUUUGUUUUUCUCAAAAACAUUGCAGGACUAUUUGGGACAAUGAGCGGAAGUAGUCUGAAUGACUACAGUGUCCCUUUAUGUUAACUGCCAGGUUAUGUGUUUCAUCCCACCAUGUUUUAAUCGUACCUCGUGUCAUACUUUUUCAAAUGCCAUUAACUCUAGCUACUCUGUUUUAUUAUUCACGCUUCUUGUAUUAACAUUAGCCUUUGAUCCUGUAUUAAUUUUUUUUCAUAUAUCUGCUCUGCUGAUCUCGCCACUCUCCCUCCAAUUUCCACCCCUUUAAUUUUCCCUCAGCAAAUGAAAUCUCUCUUAUAUUCUAUCUACAUUAUAAAACCUUUAAUUUCCUUCCACUUCUACUUUAGUCUCCAUUACAGCCAUAAAGAUUUUAUUCAAUGCAAAAUCCGUAACAUCCGGUACCAAGACUUUGUGCAUUGAUCUCUCUAAUUUCUUGCUGCUUUUCCACAGUAGUGCCUGGCACAGGUAGUAUCGUAGACAAUACUACCUUGGAGGUUCUCUUAAGUUUUCCAACUAACUUUCUGAACUCCUUAUACUGGAUCCUGUUUUUUUUUUCUAUAGUAGUAUCUAAAGGUGAUGACAUCUCUCAUCUGAGGGAGGGUGUUUAUGAACAUAAAUAGGCAGGUGAAAAGUUAAGUCAAUGCUUAGACACUAAGCUUGUAUUGCACUAUUAUUGUGUUACCAAACAUAUUGCUGUUUUCUGUGCUCUCUAGGACUGAACAUGUACUAUUCUCAGCUCUCACCCCAUUGAUAACUCUGUACAAGACCUUUGGCGUACCCUGCUUUGACAACAAUCAUCAGAUUACGCCUUACUCUGGAUUUGGACUGAUGUGCGUGGUACAUAGUAUUUUGGCUUUGUUUGCAUGGACUACAGAACUCAUGGAUUCUCCCUCAAUUUAACUUUGGACUCCUUAAGCUGUUGGCUAUCUGGACUCGUGGUUUAAAAACUCUCCACAGGUCUACUCCUUUAUACUGUGUGGCAGGCCUCAGAUUCAUAUAAAGAAUUAUUCUUUGUAUAUUCGUUUCCCUUUUUUAAUAAUAGCACACUUGAGUGUGCUUGUGUUUUUUUUUUUUUAAAUGGACUAAUAUAUGGUUAUCUUGAACUUUACAUACAGCAGCUCUGCAGUUCCUGUAUAUGCAUUCAUCAUACGAGUUAAUAACCAUUUUGCUGGGAAAUUAAUAAUUGAAGUUCCUUUCCCUCUGACAAAUCCUCAAGGUACUGAAAUCUUCUAACCGUUUUGUUUCAUUACCUUUUAGUUUUGCCUUAAAGCGAUUGCGAAAUGUUAUUGUAUCUUUGUAUUGAUACAAGAUAGCCCCAUUUUUGCAAGUUAAUUAUGUUACGUUAAUCAAGUACAACCUAUCCUUCAUCCCCACAUCUUGUCAUUAGUUUGUUUUUUAUUUAUUUUAUCUGUUGAGUUUUUCCACAAUAUUGUGCUUUAUCAAGAAGUACCAUAUCAUGUACCAUGGAUCCUGUUCUACUUAAUAACACCCUGGGAACCAUUACCUCACGCCUGGAUCACUUGACUCAGUCUGUUCAGAACUUACAGUUGAAAACUAUUGAUUUACAAAAUCAAUUAUUAACUUUGCAAAACCAGACGCAUCACACUCCUUUUAUUAUGGAACCUCAAAUGGUUCUUCCGGAAAAGUUUUCUGGUGAACGUUCUCAAUAUAGAACCUUUAUAAAUGAAUGCAAUCUCCUAUUCUGUCUCAAACCUAGGACUUACAACUCUGAUCAGGUCAAAGUCCGUACCAUAAUUUCACUCCUAAAUGGAGAGCCUGCUAAAUGGGCCCACCAGUUAUUGGAAACUGAUAAUCCUAUAUUAAAUUCCUUGGAAAACUUUAUUCAGGAAAUGUCUCAAAUUUAUGAUGAUACAGUUUAUACUGCAGAGACUGAUAUAAGAGGAAAAACACAGAGGCGUUCUCCUGUGGAAGACUACAUUGUUUCUUUUAGAAGAUGGUCUGGGGACACAUCCUGUAAUGAAACCGCAUUAAAAAACCUAUUCUACAUUGGGCUCUCAGAAUACCUUAGAGAAGAAUUCGCAAGGACUGGAAUACCUGUCAGACUUACAGAAUUAAUGGAUAUGGCUAUAAAACUUGACAGGAGGCAUAAAGAGCAAAAUAUAGAAAAUAACUCUUCACCAAAGCCCUUAUUGACAUCUCCUGCUGUAGAACCUGUCAAAUCUGAAGCUAUGGAGGAUGCUGUUAUAAGUUCUCCUCUAAGGGAGGAUGAAGAGAAAAGACAGCCAUGCUGUCUGUACUGUACCGGUCCUGAUCAUAUGUUGGUGAACUGUCCUCUGGCAAAGUGGAACAAAUCUGGUAAGCUGAAUAUUUUUGUUCAAACCUGUUCAUCCUCUCAAUACCUCAAUUUGUUUACAUCUUUGACUUUCUACUUCACUUUGGUGCAAGUCCCAUCCAUUUAACUGCAUUAUUCCAAUCUGAUGCUAGUAAAUAAUUUUUUUUGUCAGGGACAUAGUUGCUCACUUAUCUAUCCCAACAAUUAGUAGGUUUCAGUGUUAUCUCCUCUCCAUUGUUAAAAAUUGUAAAGCAUGCACGAUGUCUUUUUACUGAAACCAGAGACACUACUCUACUACACAAUAGGUCAUAUAAUGGUUCAUUAGACCAAAAUUACAGAGAAGGGAAUUAGUGGAAGACUACUAUUAUACAUUAUUGAUAUUUUGAAUACCUGUUUAUGCAUCUUGAGUUGCUGAAUGUUCCUGCCUUCUUCCAGUACUUUAAGGUUGUUAGAGGCUGUCCUGUAUAAUGUGUAGUUUACAUACUUGGAUAAUUAGGUUUACUUAUCCUCUCUGGCCAAACAUCAGUUACAUAUAAAGAAUGUUCUUUAUUGACUGGGAACAUAUUCUUACACAAAACCAAAAUUUGUAUCUUUAAAUUUCAGGUGGUACCCUUUCUCCAUUAAUAUGGAUCCUUCUAAAGUUAAAGUGAUUUAUUGGCCAAAAAAAGAUAUGCAAAGAUUCUUGGGAUUCUUGGCACUUUAUAUAAACAAUUUAAAGAGUUCUUAACACCCUACAUUAUGGAGGGAGGGGGGAGAGUUGUGUUAAAUUGAGUGUGAAUUCCCAUUUGUGUUGCAUGUUCCAUGCGUGUUUGAUGAUAUUGUAUUCUGAGCCCAAAGUCAAAUCUGUUCCAUUAGGCAAACAUAGUUUAUCACAAAAAAAAAAUUGCUGGAACUUUUAGCAUGCAUAUACACUUUUAAAAAUAUGAUAUUUGUAUAUUUUGUGCAUGAGAACAAUAUAUAUGUCAUUUUUUUUUUUUUAAUUUAAGAGCCUUGACAUGAACUCUCCCUCUAAACACCUAUCUCUAAGUAGACAAUACUCUUUAAAAAAAAAAUAAAGCAAAAAAAAAAAAAAGCAAAUUAAGUUGAUGGUAUAAGCUUGGUUUCUGAUCGCAAGUCUGCUCUGAAUAGAACAGGAAAUAGUCCCCAUUUGAUUUUUAACUUCAAGUUUUAGAUUUAAAAAGAAAUGGGUCAUUGACAUGGCUCAAUAGGGAAAAGAUUGUAAUCAUUAUCUUUCAAAACCUAUGCUCACUAUCUACAGGUGAUCCCUCUGACAUGUGUAGCAAAUCACCUAUGUAAGGUUUGAAAAGGAUAAACCUGAAAAGUAGGUGACUACUUCUAACGAUGCUCAACAUCUCCCAUCAACCCAGAGAGAGGUUGGCAUAGGAGGCGGCACAUUUUAUGCUCAUAGGUUUCCCACACAAAUGGAGCUUGUAUCCAACAUCAAACAAAGUCACCAAAAGGAAAGCCAUCAAAACACAUUUAUAAAAUCUUUAUCAUAAAUUAAAUAUCACUCAAGAAUAAUAGUGGACUGCCUCCAGCUAUGCAUUAUCAAAAGCAAACCAUAUCCAUGGUUGUUCUCUGCUGUGAAGAAAUGAACACUUUUUUGAGAUACAAGGAUAUAUUUGGUAUCCUAAAGAUAAGAGUGGACCCAAGACUAGAGACUGAAGAAAUGCAUCCAUAAAUUCAGAAGUUCAUAGAGAGCUCGAAUUCCCACAAAAACUGAUAUAUCCAAUGGAAGAAUAUCACACUUAUGAACCUCUGUAAAUAGAUUUAAAAAAAAAAAAUGUCAUAUUUAAAAAUUCCCCAGUAUCUGGUGUUAGGAUCCAACUAUAUAUUGCUUGGGCUAGCAAAGAAAAUAAGAUUUGACAUUCAUUAGAAAGGUCCAUAUGCAGUGGUGCAUACUCUGAAAUAUCCGAUAACGGUUCCCUUGCUUUAUUCAUUUAUUCUUGUUUACUUUGCAUCAACUGGCAUCCACGCUUAUCUGUCUGACAAAACUGUCAGUGUAAUUUUGAAGUUCCAAAAGUACGGUCAUUCCUGAAACCUACGAAUUGGUUAUUUUUAUUACAUAAGAAGGCAGGGCCUGAUUAUCAUAGGGGCGGAUGGCGCUCCAACUCCAGGCCUAUCCUGCUAUGAUAGGCACACACUACUGUCAAUCUUGUAGCUGGCCCGUCCCUCUUCUCCUAAUUGAGCUCUGGUUGAGCUGCACACUAGGACUAGCCCUCUGAUAUCAGGAAAUGUAUUUGCAGUCUGCAAUCUUGUUGGAAUGAUGCUGGUAUGGCAAUGCUGCUGUAGACUGCAGGGAGGAGAGUGAUAUAUCUACCCAAUGGUAAGUUGGGAAAAAUGUCUACAAGUAGGGAUGCACCGAAAUGAAAAUUCUAGGCCGAAACAGAUAUUCAUGCACAUUAACACACAGAUGCAUAUAAAUUCACGACAUAGACACCGACACAUGCACCCUGAUACAUGUCCACACCAUGACACAGAUACACACACUGAUACACAGAAGCACAUACACAGAUGUGUGCGCACACACAGACACAGAAGCACACUGACAUAUAUACAUGCAGAUGUGCACACACUCAAACACCUACACACACACACUCAAAUACACACAUAAACACUCAAACACAAACACAUGCACUCAUACAUACAAUCAUACACACACUAAUAUUCACACACACUCACUCAUACAUACUCACACUGAUUUUUUUUUGAUUUUUUUUUUAAGAGGUGAUUAUUUUUUAAUAUUUCUAGCCACCCUCUUGUUAGCUUACCUUGUGUGUCCAGGAGGGUGGCUUGGAGUGAAGGGAUCUAGAGCUCUUCGUGCUCCUCUCCCUCCCGCACUGUCCUUCUUCAUGACGCUGGAAGUGACAGGCUGUCACUUCCUCCCAGUCGGCCGACAUUACAGGGGCCUGGUCGCGGUCUUAAAUGACCGUGGCACUCGACAGAGUCCCUGUUGAGCAGUAAUGUUUCCAUGGUGCUAUAAUCAUAGCAUUGGGGAAAUAUAACGCGGCACCCUUGUGUGCAUGUCGCGACGCCCUUUAUUACUGCCCUCCCACAAGUCCUUUAAAAAAAAUGCAUUUCUCCUUCAAUAUGCAUGGCACAUGCUCUGUCUCUACAAAUGCAUUCAACAGGCAGACAUGUUGAACAUUCUGACAUAGAACUUCACAGUAUGUUACUUAUAUCCUGAGUCAGAACAGCCAACACUUUAUUGCAAAUUAAGGAUACUUAUAAACAGCCUAACCAGCUCAUAGACACUGCUCCUGACGAUGGGGUGCUGACAUGCCGAAAAGCACUAGCUUUAGUUAAUAGUAAAUAAAACUUAUUUUAGUUAGGAGUCUGGUUUUUCCCCAACCACAAAAAUACAAUUCUUAAAGGAACACUAUAGUCACCAGAACCACUGUAGCUUAAUGUAAUGGCUCUGGUGUUUAUAGCCUGUUCCUUUAAGAAUUGUAUAUUUGUUGUUGGAAAAACAAACUCCUAACUAAAGUUUCUGCAAUCUAGACUGUAGCGGAUGGCACUGGGCUGUCCUGCAAAUGUCUUGUGAAUAGCUGCAUUCGUGUAAAUUGCUGGGUUUUUGUAUGUGUUUAAAAGAAUUGUAUUCCUCUGAUUGUUCGGUAGAAUCAUUCGAAUAGACUAAGGGAAUGAAACUACCGAACAAUCAGACCUCCCCUGUGUGAAUUGUGUCCUCAAUUACCCGUUGCAACAUUGUUGCGAACGGGUAAUUGACAAGUUAAGUAGCCGUCCUUUGUUCUCGGGGGUGGCCACCAUUCGACAAACGAACACAUGGCGGCGGCCAUUUUAAAACUCCCGAACAGCGGUGUUUUGCCGUCGAGUGUCUGGAACUCAAAUCGGACACUCGACUAGGCGAACACCGCUGAAACCUCCACAAGCCCGGUCCGUUCGGUUCCUAACUACCGAACGGCCCCUCGUUCGGUAGACAGGAAGAACCGAACGAGGGGAUUCAGGCGAACCCUCCCUAGCCUCUAUAGCUAGAGGCUUUCGUACAGUUUGUUCCCUUAUUCCAGGACCGACCGCAGGGCCCAUUCGCAUGGAACCGCAUUCGGCUAUCUCAGUCAGUGCGGUCGGUCAUUUUAUUCCCUCCAUACAUUUCCCGAACCCUGGUCUGAUCUGGGUGAUUUUUGGAUAUGUUGUUCACCCAGAUCAGGGCUAUCAGGGGAUGUAGGAUUUAAAGGGGUACCCCUACGUUUAGGGGUACAUCCAGAAACGGGGGAAUUGCUAGACUGGAUAAGGGGAUUAUGAUGCAGGCGGAGGGGAGGAGAUGUGUGGGAGGUUACCAGGACAGGAUUGGCUACUAUACUAAUGAUUGUAAAUCGCUCCCUUGCAUGGGAGCAUGCUUUAAAAGGACAGUGUGGAUUAAAAGAUUUCAGUUCUGCUCCUGAAACUGUGUGUCGUCCAGUUAUUGGGAUUGCUGUUGGGAUAUUGCUGUUAUUUUACCUGCUGGAAACCUUGCCUGUGGAUUUACUAUUUACUUGUUCCUGAGCCACUUGGAUUAUAAGCGGAGAUAACCUGGGGAAUAUUGCAUCUCCGCUACAUUGGUUGGCAGCGGUGGGAUCCAGACUCACAGAGGAACAAGUAUAAAUGGAGUACGGAUGGAGAUUGAUUUUGCCACACUAAAACGCUCCACGCUAAAAGACCUCCUGGAGGCAAGGGGUAUACAAACCAGCAACAAGAAGAAAGCGGUACUCAUUACUGAACUUAUGGCGGAGUACCGAAUGGAUGGCGAUUCGGUUCCCGAACAGGGGGAUUCAGGAGAAACACCGGAACAAAUGGAGUUCCAGAGGCAGCUACAAUUUCGGCUGUCUUUCUAUGGGGAACACCCUCCAGCAGAGAUUAUUUCAAAAACUAUGACGGAGGUCCAGGAAUUCAUAUUGAGAAAACAAACAGCAGCCCCAGAACGCAGCUCUGCAGUAAAUAUGCCACAAGAAGGUAAGCCUAAGAUACCAUACCAGGCUUUUAAAAUGUAUGUGGAGGCAGAGGAAGAUAUAGACGCUUUCCUGCAAGAUUUUGAGAGACUGUGUGCACUGCAUAGAAUCAGCGCAGGGGACUGGGUACCCAUUUUGGCAGGAAGGUUAACUGGGAGGGCAGCCGAGGCAUACCGUACUGUACCCAAUGAAGAGAUACGGAAUUACAGUAAAGUUAAAGAAAUUAUACUGGCCAGGUAUGCUAUAACACCGGAAGCAUACCGGCGGAGAUUCAGGGACUUAAAGAAGGUGGAGAAAGAUUCACACGCAGAGUGGGCAUGCAGAUUACAACGGGCAGCACUUGGGUGGGUGCAAGCGAGCAAGGCACGGUCCAUGGAGGAUGUAAUACAGAUGAUGCUGAUGGAGCAAUUUUAUGAGGGAGUAACCAGCGAUGUUCAGGAGUGGGUAAGAGACAGAAACCCUACCUCUCACCGAAGCUGCCAGGAAGGCAGAUGAGUACCUGGAUGCACGCAGGCAGCAAAAACCUGCAGCUCCAAAAGCCAUUUUAAAACCUUUGGGGGAACCAGCUACACCCCGGCUCCACCGGGACCCCUGCCACCACCGCCCGCUGCACAGCCAUGUUUCCGCCAGCCCACGUCUGGCCCCUGUCACCACUGCCAGAAAUGGGGACAUUAUAAAAGGGAAUGCCCCCAGCUGCGGGAUCGUUCCACCUGGAUCCAUCCCGGUCCACCCCCACCACCGAGAGCAGCCGCAGCCCACCACUACCAGGAUAUCGUGGCCACACCAUAUGGCUCAGCGGUUCCCAUUACAACCGUGGAACAGUGGGAAGUACUGCACGAGGCGGAUCCAGUCCAUGCCAAUGCUGACAACCGACAGCAUCACAGGCAGACCGUAUAUCUGGAGGGUAAAGCGGUCCAGGGUCUACGCGACUCAGGGGCUACCAUCACCCUGGUAAAGAGUCACCUGGUUUCAGAUCAGGCUAAACUAAGCAAGACUGUGGCCGUCAGGGUAGCCGGGGGAGCAAUAUACCGGCUACCUACAGCAAGGGUACAUUUGCAUUGGGGAGCGGGGUCAGGACAUGUGGAGGUGGGGUUGAUGCCGCAGUUACCGGCAGAGGUUUUAUUGGGGAAUGAUCUGGGGAGGCUCACGUCUGCUUUUGAGCCCCAGACACCCACCACAGGAGGAGCUCACCCUGUGGUCACCCGACAACAGGCCCGCACCCAGGACUACAACACACUGCCGGAGGUUCAGGUAAGAGAUCCUUCCCCUUCCCUUGACUGUGUUCCCUGGGCCCCUCCUAACGAAUUUGCAGCUGAGAUAGUGACUGACCCCACCUUGCAGGUGUAUAGGGACAAGGUGACAGCAUACACUCCUGGGGGAGAUGGAGAGAGAUUUGUCUGGGACAAGCAGCUUUUGUACAGGGAGACAGACAAGCAGAUUGCUGGGUCAGACCCAAUAGUGAUGAGGCAGCUAGUGGUGCCGCAGCGGUACCGAGCAGAGCUACUCCGGAUAGCGCACGAUAUUCCGCUAUCCGGACAUCUAGGGGUCAGUCGCACUAGGUACCGACUGACCCAAAGUUUCUUCUGGCAAGGGAUCAGGUAUUGCACCACCUGCGAUACCUGCCAAAGGGUAGGGAAAAGGGGAGACCGGAGGAAGGCGAAACUACACCCCCUUCCCAUAAUUGAGGAACCUUUUAGCCGAAUAGCGGUAGAUUUGAUAGGCCCCCUCAAGAAAGCUAGCCCGUCAGGCAAAAGGUACAUUUUAACGGUAGUAGAUUAUGCUACUAGAUAUCCAGAGGCAGUGGCUCUGACCAACAUCCACGCUGAAACGGUCGCGGAUGCCCUCAUGCAGAUAUUCUCCCGGUUGGGAUUACCCAGGGAGAUUAUCUCGGAUCAGGGUACCCAAUUUACCGCAGAAUUCACCCAACACCUCUGGAGGAUCUGUGGCAUUAAGCCUAUUAUCAGUGCCCCUUACCACCCCCAGACUAAUGGGCUCUGAGAACGGUUCAAUGGUACAUUGAAACAAAUGCUCCGAACCUUCGCAGAGACCCACAAGGACUGGGAGCGGUUCCUGCCGCAUCUCCUGUUCGCUUACCGGGAGGUGCCGCAGGAAUCCACGGGGUUUUCCCCGUUUGAACUGCUAUUUGGGAGGAGAGUCAGAGGCCCAUUAGAUCUUAUAAGAGAGCAUUGGGAGGGAGAAGGAGCGCAGAUGGCACUCCCAUCAUACCAUAUGUGUUGGCCCUCCUGGACCGCCUGGAAGCAUUGACUAGGACGGUAAGGGAAAACCUUCAGGUGGCGCAGACCCGCCAGCGCACAUGGUAUGAUCGGGGAGCCAGUGACCGUAGCUUUCAGGUCGGGCAGAAAGUGCUAAUUUUAAAGCCUGUCCGACAUGACAAGCUACAGGCCGCCUGGCAGGGACCUUAUAGGGUGGUGGAACAGAGAUGUGACACCACCUAAAUAAUCGGUCCCUGCACAGGGACGGGAGGGCGACGCAUGCUCCAUGCUCCAUGAUGAAGCCCUACCAGGAGCGCUCCGAGGAGGUAACCGCCAUAUGUGCGCCCAGUUCUGACGAGUUUGACAGCUUACCACUCCCAGAUCUGCUGGGAGAUGGGCAGCUGUCUGGGGAUUUAGGGGAGGUUGCACUGGGAGACCGGCUGAGCCCACAGGAGCGUAUCGAGGUACAGCGGCUGUUAGAGGAGAAACGAGACACGUUCUCUAAUGUACCUGGGUACACCCCUCUGGCCACUCACCGGGUAGAGACCCCAGGGCAACUACCCAUGUGCCAGACCCCCUACCGCAUCCCGGAAGCGGUGAGGGAACACAUGCGCAAGGAGAUCGAUGAGAUGCUCCAACUGGGGGUGAUUGAGCCCUCAGUCCCUGGGCUUCUCCUGUAGUGCUCGUACCGAAGCGGGACGGUACGAGCCGCUUCUGCGUAGACUACCGGAGAUUAAACGAGAAAACGGUGUCCGAUGCAUACCCUAUGCCACGGAUAGAUGAGCUACUGGACAGAAUGGCCAGGGGUCAAUAUCUCACUACUAUUGACUUAUGUAAGGGGUAUUGGCAAAUCCCCCUGGCCCCAGAUGCCAUCCCUAAGUUGGCCUUUGUCACCCCAUUUGGCUUGUACCUGUUUAAGGUCAUGCCAUUUGGGAUGAAAAACGCCCCAGCUACUUUCCAGACGAUGGUAGACCGACUCCUGGAUGGGUUCCAAGACUACACCUGUGCCUACCUGGACGAUAUUGCCAUUUUUAGCAAUACGUGGCAGGAGCACUUGGCCCAUAUAGGAGCGGUACUAGACAGGAUUAGGGAAGCUGGUUUGACACUGAAACCGGCCAAGUGCAGCAUAGGGAUGGCCGAGGUGCAGUACCUCGGACAUAGAGUGGGGUGCGGCAAACAGAAGCCCGAACCAGCCAAAGUAGAGGCUGUGGCCCAGUGGCCCACCCCUAGGACUAAAACCUAGGUUUUAGCAUUUCUAGGGACCGCUGGGUAUUACAGAAAAUUCGUCCCUAACUAUAGUGCCCUAGCCAAGCCCCUCACUGACCUUACCCAGAAGAAUUUGCCCCGCCAGGUGACCUGGACCCCGGAGUGUGAGCAGGCAUUCCAACAUCUGAAAAAUGCACUGAUAAAUGCCCCUGUCUUGGCAGCUCCCAAUCCAACUAAACGUUUUCUUGUUCACACAGACGCUUCUAUGUUUGGAUUGGGAGCAGUACUGAGCCAAGUCGGGGCCGAUGGUGGAGAACACCCCGUGGCUUACAUCAGUCGCAAGCUGUUACUCCGAGAAGUAAGCUACGCCGCCAUCGAAGGAAUGCCUGGCUGUGGUGUGGGCCUUAAAGAAACUGUCUAUAUGGACAGCCCUUUUCCUUACUCACGGAUCACAACCCGCUGGUAUGGCUAAACCGGGUGGCUGGGGACAAUGCCAGGCUGCUGCAUCCUUUUGACUUUACUAUUCAGUACCGCCCGGGUAAACAGAAUGGGAAUGCCGACGGGUUGUUGAGACAAACUGACCUGGAAAAAUGAUCCGUGAGUCCCCGGACAUCCCCAAGCCGAUCCGUGUUGGAUCAGACUGUGUAUGCCGGCUUGUGGGCAAGGGGGAGCAGUGUAGCGGAUGGCACUCGGCUGUCCUGCAAAUGUCUUGUGAAUAGCUGCAUUCGUGUAAAUUGCUGGGUUUUUGUAUGUGUUUAAAAGAAUUGUAUUCCUCUGAUUGUUCGGUAGAAUCAUUUGAAUAGACUAAGGGAAUGAAAUUACCGAACAAUCAGACCUCCCCUGUGUGAAGUGUGUCCUCAAUUACCCGUUGCAACGUUGUUGCGAACGGGUAAUUGACAAGUUAAGUAGCCGUCCUUUGUUCUCGGGGGUGGCCGCCAUUCGACAAACGAACACGUGGCGGCGGCCAUUUUAAAACUCCCGAACAGCGGUGUUUUGCCGUCGAGUGUCUGGAACUCAAAUCGGACACUCGACUAGGCGAACACCGCUGAAACCUCCACAAGCCCGGUCCGUUCGGUUCCUAACUACCGAACGGCCCCUCGUUCGGUAGACAGGAAGAACCGAACGAGGGGAUUCAGGCGAACCCUCCCUAGCCUCUAUAGCUAGAGGCUUUCGUACAGUUUGUUCCCUUAUUCCAGGACCGACCGCAGGGCCCAUUCGUAUGGAACCGCAUUCGGCUGUCUCAGUCAGUGCGGUCGGUCAUUUUAUUCCCUCCAUACAUUUCCCGAACCCCUGGUCUGAUCUGGGUGAAUUUUUGGAUAUGUUGUUCACCCAGAUCAGGGCUAUCAGGGGAUGUAGGAUUUAAAGGGGUACCCCUACGUUUAGGGGUACAUCCAGAAACGGGGGGAAUUGCUAGACUGGAUAAGGGGAUUAUGAUGCAGGCUGAGGGGAGGAGAUGUGUGGGAGGUUACCAGGACAGGAUUGGCUACUGUACUAAUGACUGUAAAUCCCUCCCUUGCAUGGGAGCAUGCUUUAAAAGGACAGUGUGGAUUAAAAGAUUUCAGUUCUGCUCCUGAAACUGUGUGUCGUCCAGUUAUUGGGAUUGCUGUUGGGAUAUUGCUGUUAUUUUACCUGCUGGAAACCUUGCCUGUGGAUUUACUAUUUACUUGUUCCUGAGCCUCACUUGGAUUAUAAGCGGAGGUAACCUGGGGAAUAUUGCAUCUCCGCUACAUAGACACUAAAGAGUCUAUUUUCAUUCAGCAUCUCCACGCUCUGCGUGGUGCAGCUGAACGUUCCCCAUAGAGAUGCAGUGAUUUGAAGCAUCUUUAUGAGGAGAUGAUUAGUGCAGCAUUUUGCAGCGAAUGCUCAAUAGCUUCCCAAUGCUUUCCUAUGCAAAAGUAUUGGAUUGGCUCAGAUCAUCAAAAUUAUCUCGGCUAUGGAGGCAUGCCAGCCGCAGUGAAAAACACCAUUCCCAUGUGACUGAAGGGGAGCUGGUGACCUAAACAUGUUAAUGCACUGACAGACAGAUACACAUACACCUACACAAACAAACACACACACAUACACACACCUACAGAAUGACACAUACUCAGAUAUAUGUACACACGCUCACUGAUACACUCUCUCACACACUCAAAGAAUUUUUGUUUUUAUACACACACGCAGAUUCAUAGAUACACAAAUACACAUACAGACAUAUACACACACACACACAAAGAUAAAUAUAUUGCCACCCUCCUCUUACCUACUUUGUGGGCACAGGAGGGGCUUUUCCUGGGUCCAGUGGGACUGGGAGCAGGUUACAGUGGGGCUGGAUGAGGCUGAUAGGAGUGGGCUGCCACUGAUCCAGACUCCCACUCUCCUGUCUGUGUUAUCUCAGUGCGCCAGGAGGAAGUGAAAGGAACUUAACUACAGUUAAACCUAAUUUUCGGUUUACAAAUGAAAAUCCAUUGAAAAUAAUGCCUCAGUUUACAAUUUUUUUUCCGCAAUACAAAGAAAGCUUCCCUAGGAUGCAUUGCACCUGGGAGGUUUAUAGCACCGCCCCCUGCAUGCUGGAGCCAGUGGGUAGCACGUGGCGUCAAGUGUGGAGGUGUUGGAGCGGCUUUUGCAUCGAGUUUUGGAGACAUUCUGAAUAGGCGGGUGGGCGGCUCUGCGAUCAGAGACAUCUCAACCUGUUAGCUUGUCCUUCUCCGCGGUCUCAGCGCCGGGAGGAAGUAGUUACAGUUCCCUUCACUUCCUAGAGAGACAGGCGGAGGAGGGGACAGGGCUGACAAAUCCCCGGCGCCAGAAAAAAAUAUUCUUAGCCGCCAUGGCAAACUGGCGCCUGGGAUUUGACAAUGGAGUAAAAUGCCUCCCAACCCAGAACUUCUCUCUCUUCCCUUCUCUCUCUCUCUCUCUUCCCUUCUCUCUCUCUCUCUCUCUCUCUCUCUUCCCCUCUCUCUCUCUCUUCCCCUCUCUCUCUCUCUUCCCCUCUCUCUCUCUCUUCCCCUCUCUCUCUCUCUUCCCCUCUCUCUCUCUCUCUUCCCCUCUCUCUCUCUCUUCCCCUCUCUCUCUCUCUUCCCCCAGCCCCCCCGCUCUUCCCCGGCUGGCUUUCCGCUCUUCCCCUGCCCUCACUCUCAACCAACCAAGGAAGUGAUCUGUGACUGAGCACCAUGGGACGUGGAAUCCACAGCAGCCGGAGAGUUUCCUGUUACGCUCACCGCUGCCGAGCUGUUCCACUGGCAUGGUGCUGGCUGGUACCACAGUCACUGGAUUCUCCUGACCAUACUCUCUGCACAGCCUUCAACCUCACUGGCUUGUGCCAAAGCAGCUCUGGAUCUGGCGCGCUCGAGUCAUGUGACGAGGCAGAAGCCCUCCACUCUUUCGACUCUCUUUGAAGAGUGCACAGCGGACCGAGGGAAACAUCGCAAGACUUCCCAUCCGUGCAUUCCUGCAUGUGCUAACAGUUUUUAGUUUUUUUGUUUUUGUUUUUUCUCUUUCUAUGUGAGUGAAAGGGAGAACCCUGUGUCACAUGGCAGUCAAGGGGAGCCACUGCGUGACAUGUUCUAGAACUAGAGAUUGAGAACUAGUUCUAGAACUAGAGAGAAUGGAUAGGCCCAUUUUCGGUUGAAAAUUUCAGUUCAUCCCUAGCUACAAGUACCAUCCACAUGUUUUACAGCUGUCAUCAUGCUGAGUCUGAAUCUAGCAGAGUUUGAGAGUUGCAAGCCAAAAAAACUUGUGUUGGUUGACAGUUGAGACAAUCUUGUCAUAAGAUACUUGUAUUGAGUACAACACUUCAGUUCAGUCAAUGGAGAAUGGAAGCCAGCAUGUUUUUUGUUUUUGUUUUUUUUUAAUACUGUAAAUGAAGAAUUAAAAUGAGAUGGGAGUGUGGCCAGCUGAUGUGGAAUGUUUGUGGGGAAUUGCAGAGCAUCUAGCAAAAUGCAAUGUAUAUGGGAAUAUGUAAAUGUUUUUGAGAGAGAUUGGUGGAAAGGAAAGACCAGAGUAAAAUAAACUGGAAAUAGGGACCGGUGAAAAGAAAGAUGGUUUAAAAAAAAAAAAAAAAAAUAGAAUGGCAUCAAAUGGAAGAUGAAAAAGGAAAAAUGAAACUAACAUUCAGUAAUAAAAAAGAAAAAAGAAAAAUAGAGCUAGACGCACUCUAGGUCUAGUGCUUGGGUGCUACAUUCCCCACCUGUGAAACUAGGCUUAAGAUUUUAGACCAAAGAUAAACCAUCUUGGACAUCUAACAUACUGCACUAUAUAAGUGUCUUAUUUUGUUUUACUUUCUACACUAUAGUCCCUUCCUUUUUGUCCUCUUUCCAUUACAUAUCUCGGAUUUGAUUACCUUUUCAAGGUGCUGCUCCCCAACGCCAUCUUCUCUAUUAUAUUCCAGCAACCAGAUAGGAGAGAUUCUGGUUUGGUUUCUUAACGCUGCCUUCUUUAUUUGGACAGUAAAUACAUUGUUGUGCAGUAGUGACUAUUUAAAUCUAUAAAGCCAAUAGAGGUAUUCAAAGCUGUUGUGGGAUCAUCCUUGCUGUGGAAAUGACACUAAACUGUUUUGUUUCCAAAAAAAUGCAGGAAAAAGAAAGGAGAGAAUCCCUUUAUUUGCAUUAUAUUAGAAUAAAUCUGUCAAAGUAUAAAUGUAAAAUUACAGUGCCUUUUCCAAUAUUUGGCUAGGCAGCACCAGUGACCUCCCUCUUUCUAUAGCAGUAUAAUAAACCAGGGGUUAACAAACUGGCUUUCAAUCUAGGAGCCAGCUAAAAAAAUAAGGAGCCAGUUUUUUCCCCAAUGACAAAAAUACAAUUCUUAAAGGGACACUAUAUUUGCCAGAACUACUACAGCUUAAUGUAGUGGUCUGGGGUCUAUAGAUUGUCCUUGCAGGCUUUUCAAAGUAAAUUCUGCCUUUUCAGAGAAAAGGCAGUUUGCUGCCUAGUAACACCUCUGGUGGCCGUCACUCAAACGGCCACUAAAGUGUGUCCUACCUACAUUCAGCGUCUUCACGCUCUGCAUGGAGGCGCUGAACGUUCCCCAUAGAGAUGCAUUGAUUUAUUACAUCUCUAUGAGGAGAUUGAUAAUCUUAGCUAUGGAGGCUGGCUGGCUGCAGCAAGACCGGCAUAGUGUUGGGGAAAAAAGUAAGUAACACCAUUCCCAUGCGAGCAGAGGGGGCUGGUGACUUAAAUGAACACGAAAACACACACACACACACACUCUCACACAGUCACACACACAUCCACGCUGACACACUUUAACACAGUCACAAAGUAUUAUUUGAUACACUCAAAUGGAUACACACGCACACAAAGAUUCAUAGAUACACACAAACAGGCAUAACAGAUAUAUACACACAAAUAAAAACAAGUAUUUGUACCCACCCUCCUGUUUCCUACCUUUUGUGCUCAGGGGGUUGGCUUCCCUGCGGUCCAGGGAAGGGGAUGAUUUGCAAAGGUAGCAGACAAGAACCCUAAAGGUUUUGCAAGUUGUUUAAAGAUUUACCCCAAUGGAAAAAUGCAUAAAUACAUUUUAAUUGUUCAAUAUGGAUAUAGUUACUACAGGGAUUUUUUAUUUUGUGUUUGUGUAGCAAAGUGUCCCUUUAAAGCCCUGCACUGCUGCAUAAAGGUAAUGUGGUUAACGCUCGUUGACCGCAUACAUCGGCAUGUGUUUAAAGUGCAAUAUUCGCUACCUGAGGUCCUCUGUUAUUGUGACAUUACUAACCCAAUCCUUGUGCUGGUCUGGGUCGCUCUUACUUCUGAGCGGUCCACAUGCGCUGACCAUAAUGAAUAUUCGUGUGGCCCACCUAGUAUUACUAAGAACACCGCUCGCAUCACGAGCACACUGUUAAAGGGGCAAUAGGGGCCUCAUUGGUCCACGUCAUUCCGGCGCCCCCAUGCACGCACAUUUUCGGGUCACAGGCAUGAAGUGGACCUAUCAAAUGUUACAUGAUGUCACCAAACUUAAACGUCCCUAGCCCUAUCUACUGUGCUCUAUUGUGGUUCCUGUUCCCAAUACCCUUUAGUGCAUUCCUUGAUCUAUUGUGUAUUAUUCUGGUAUUGAUCUCGGCUUUGUUACUGGUCCAGCGUUUAUCUUUAACCUUUUCCUGUGUUUGACUAAUUUCUGUGUGCCUGACUAUGGCUAGUUCUUGAUUUCGCGGUCUCUCUGUUACCAUUACCUUGGCUUGUUACAGACUACGCUUUUCUCUCUAACGUUAAGUGCAGCCAUUCUAAGGCCCAGUAGUAUGUUAUUUCCUUGUUUCAUCCUUUGCUAUCAUAAACUCUGCAUUUUGGGGUUUUACCUCGUGACAGAUGUGUGGUUACAAUUAGAAACAAACAAAUUGAAAUUCCCCAGGCUGAGAGAUCACACUCAGCUGUGGUGAAUCUUGUGUUGCACACUGUGGAAGGGUGUCACCCAGGGACUUAAAAGACAUUGACAGGGUUUUCUCGUGCUCACUGCUGACCGUGUUCAGCACUUUGCUUUGCCAGCUGCCCACCACCGUUCAAUGCAGCUCAAUAGUAAGACUUUGAAAGGUAGAUGCUCAGGGAAAGUGCCUGCCUCUUGAGUUUACUCCACUGAGCUAAACAAACCAGGUAAUGGUUUGCCCCAUUAGAGCCCAGCUCUAUGAUACUACUCACAUCCUAAUCACUACAAUGGGCUGUGGUAAUUGAUAAAGUAGAAAAACACCUUUUAUGCUUUUAAAAGGUAAAUAGUAAAUGUAUAUUUGCCAAAAACAAGUUAUAUGACCUAAAGAUACAGUUGAAAGGAUCCACCACCAGGUUAUUAUACAUUUACUAUAUACCUUAUGAAGCAUAAUAAAAAUGUUUUUCUGAUUUUUGAAACUACGGUAAGAGUGUAUGAGUGCGUUUUGUUUUUUUGUAUUAUUUUGGAGAUAUACUCCUUAAUAGCAGCACGUUUAAGUCAGGAGAGUGGCAGCAUUUAUUUACAUUAUGGCUAUUGAUGCUUUUGAGUAACCAUUUAAGAAAGUUAUGCUGCUAAUUAGAUAUUAUACAUCAUAGGUUAUUUUGUUUUAAUCAAUGUUUUUUUUUCCCCUCCAUUCAAUAGAUAUCACUAUGGGAAGUAAUACAAUUGAAGAACUUAAGAACCUCAUGGACUCAUCAGAUUCUGCCAGUGAUGAGAAGACUGAUGUUAAAAUUGCUCCAGAAAUAAAUUGUAUAAGAAAAAAUAAUCAAAGAAAGAGGAAAAGAUUUGUAAUAAAUAAAGGACAAGAAUAUGCUUUAUCUGUAAAAGCUGAAGACUCUGAUCCUGAUCUUUAUAUAAAGACCGUAUAUACCUCUCAUUCUGGUAUGGAAUCAGACUUGUGUAGAGAAGAAAAUCUUAGCAGUGGCCAUAUUUACACCAUAAAUCAACAGACCGAAUAUAGAUCUCCUAUUAAGGAGGAAUUUGCAUCAUGCAGAAGCCUGUGUGUAGAACCUUUUUCUGAACCUGAAUUCCAUACUGUAAAGGCAGAAUCCACAGCAGAGACGCAUUGCCUCUCUACUGAUAAUAAUGAAGUAUCAGCCUCAUGUGAAGAGCAUCUGGAGGACAAUUAUGGAAAGGCUUCACAGACAGACUUGGCAUCUCUUAUCAUUAAAGAGGAAUCUGCCUCAUGGGAUGAAGGAGCUUAUAGUGACACAUGUACAACAACAGAUACAAAUACAAAAACAGAAUAUAUACCUAGUAAUCACAGUAAGGAAAGAGACACAUGUGAAAAAAGUUUUUGCAGUACUGAUAUUGAUACACCUGAAAGAAAUACACAAACAGACUCUAUGAAUUUCAAAGGUCCGAUAUCAUCCGGUAAAGGACGUUUUGAAGGUUCUGAAAUGGAAUAUACAUCUUUUGUUAUUAAAGAGGAAUGUUCCUCAGGGGAAGAAGAAAAUGAUUAUGACACUGAUCUCUGCACAUCCUCAGAUCACACACAGCCAGAUUAUUCAUCUGUUCACAUUAAGGAAGAAUCCACAGGGGAUGAAGGGAAUCUCACAGAUACUGACAGCUAUACAUACCCAGAACAUAAUCAGACAGAAUCUACAUCUGCUGAACUUAAGAAUGAAUCUACAUCAAUUAAAGAUGUAAUUAGCGAGAAAUCACAUAACACACAGAGGAUGCAUAACUGUUCUGAAUGUGGAAGAGGUUUCACCCAUAAGUCAGAUCUUGCUAUACAUCAGAGACGUCACACUGGAGAGAAACCAUUCCCCUGUUCAAUAUGUGGGAAGUGCUUUGCUACUAAAUCUGAUUGCACAGGACAUCAGAUAGUUCACAGAGAAGAACGACCAUUUGUGUGUUCUUACUGUGGGAAAAGUUUUAAAACCAGAUCACAUGUUGUGACACAUCAGAGAAUUCACACUGGAGAGAAACCAUUCUCAUGUUCUGUAUGUGGAAAAUACUUUAGCCAAAGCUCAUACCUUAUGUCACAUAGGAAGACUCACACUGGUGAAAGGCCAUUCCCAUGUAAUGUAUGUGGAAAGCGGUUUACUAAAAAGUCAAGUCUUGUUACUCACCAGAGGAUUCACACAGGAGAGAAGCCAUUUUCGUGUACUAUGUGUGGUAAAUGUUUUACUGAUAAAACAGGUCUGAUAUAUCAUGAAAAGGUUCAUGUAGGGGAGAAACCAUUUUCAUGUUCUGUAUGUGGGAAAUCAUUUACUGAUAGAACAGGUCUUGUGUAUCAUGAAAGAAUUCAUACAGGAGAGAAACCAUUUUCUUGUUCCGAGUGUGGGAAAGCUUUCAUUUGUAAGUCUGGUCUUGUUUCCCAUCAGAGGAUCCACACGGGAGAAAAGCCAUUCACUUGUUUGGAAUGUGGAAAAUGUUUCAACAAGAAAGGAAAUCUUGUUAAACAUCGGCUGCUUCAUACAGGAGAGAACCCAUUCUCAUGUUCUGUAUGUGGGAAAGGCUUUUCUGUAAAAUCUAAGCUUGUGAGACAUGAGAAGAUUCAUACUGGUGAGAAACCAUACUCAUGUACAGAAUGUGGGAAAUGUUUCACUGGCAAAUCAAGUCUUAUUUAUCAUCAGAAGAUUCACACAGAAGAUAAUGCAUGGUCGUGUUCUGAAUGUGGACAACAUUUUAGCCAAAAAUCUGAUCUUCUCUCACAUAAGAAGGAUCAUAAAGCAGAAAAGUCUGUUUAACCCCUUAAGGACACAUGACGUGUGCCAUGUCAUGAUUCCUUUUUAUUCCAGAAGUUUAGUCCUUAAGGGGUUAACAAUGUCAGAAGAACCAUUUUUUGAGAGUAAUUUUUGCUGAAAAUACAGAGCACUCCUAGUGAAAAGAAAAAUGUACUACUUUCAUUUCAUGCUAAUAGACUCAAAAUACAGACUAUGACUGUGGAAAAAUAGUAAAAUGCACAUCUGGUCUACUCUGACCAUUGAAAUGUGUUAAUUUAGACAUAUUUAGCAUGUCUGUCCUUUCAUCUGCAAGUGGAGUUAUCUAUUUCUUCUCUGUGGAAAUGCAUUUUUUUUUUUUUUUUCCAAUAAACUUGCUUUAGUCACAAUAUGGUUUCUAGAAUUAACAUUGGUUAAUAAAUACAGUAAUUUCUCUUGAGAGAGUCAUUCUGCUCGACUGGCAUUGAUUCUAUGGUUGUGAGGGUAAAUGUGCCUCAGUUUUACUAGUGAUGCAUGAAUUAUUUUUUGCAGCAAGUAGCAUACCAUUUAUGAGGAUGUCAUACACACUAAUAGUGCAUCGAAUUACAUAACAUAUCCCAGUCUAAUAAAACCACAGAAACCAUGUGAAUUGGACCUGUACGCCAUUAGUAUUUUUACUUCUUAAGAGAGACCACUAGAAAGGAAGACAUUCAAGUCUAUCUUAAUUCAGUGUGUAAAGAAUACUGGGAUAGUGAUACCUCUCUCAAACCUUCAUCUUGUUGAGAUUUGAAACAGAUUCCUAGAUUUGUAUUUAUUUCUGAUGGAGCAUAUCUUUUUUUGCCUUUUGAUUGAAAUCUCACUCAUUUAAAAGGCUAAUCUAGGUGUGGAUUCUAUGCUUACAGUGCAUAGAGGGGUACACCGAACUGAUAAGGUCCAAAGAAGGCUAAAAGUAUCCUUUAGGAAAAGAGCCUAACAUAAGUUUGUAUUUGGUCUACCCUUGUGAGAGGGAUUUGUCUGAUACAUUAAGGUUCUCUUUUAUUAGAAAACGUGUUUCAUGACCUCAGCAUUGACUAACUGUAGAGCAAGCUUUUGAGUUUUUCCCCUUCUCUGUGUUUCCUUAUCUUCUGUUUUUGCUUCAAUAAUCAUCAAAAUAGCCAGUUCUCUUCAAAGUAGACCUAGCAAGGCUUACAUUUUUCAACUCCUGCUUACUUGCUUUAAUGGGGCCUCGGCAUUUGCUGUUCUUACAUGGUUUAAUAGGGACACAUGACAGUGCAUAAUUUGGUCCUAAUAGAUGAUUGAGAGUUCUGGCUGCCUAAUUAACAGGUUUAAGGAGCUGUGUUAUAGCUGUAGCCAAUAUCUACAAAUCUGUCAUGGCACUCUCGGAGCUAGAACAGAAACAAAGUUAAAUCAGUAGUAUCGGGCAUGCCAAAGUAGUUCCCUACUGGGUCACCACGGACAAUGUGCGUGCUCUCACAAUAGGUGUCAGUGGAGCUGCCUGGAGGACUGCCUGGGCUGUAAAUAAUGUUUAGUGAAGGGGGGUGGGGGGAAAUUAUAUAUAUAUGUGUGUGUGUGUGUGUAUAUAUAGGAGUCAUACAAAGUGUAUUUUUAUACUUUUCUAAAUAGUAUGUUAUGCUUGGGGUAAUUUUCAUUCCUGGGCUGCCAUACAGUCUCAAAGGCAACAUAACCAUUAUGGAAAACUGCAAUGUGUAUAUACUGGAAAUGAAAAAGCCCUAUAUUUGGCACUGUAACGUUCCAAAAUACCAUCAAAACUGUAAAUGGGUGGUACUGUUGUCCUAGUGAGACAUCACUGAAUACAAAUGUGUAUUUUAUUACAGUAAAACCUAACCGUGUUACGACAUUCACCGUUAAAAUGCCAUGCAGAACUAAAAAACAAAAAAUCUUAAUUUCUC